AUGCGUUUCGCGAAGGAUUUUGAGGGGAUGAAGAAGAGCCUUCAAGACCAGGGAUCACAAUUUCAAAAUGUCGUGAGAGAGAGGCAUCUCUACUACGACGGAUGGACGCUCGUCCAUGGACCAACCGCGGAUCCUGACUCGGAACCUCGAAUAGCCUCCGAGCACAUCGACGGCGAUGUGAUAAUUGACUUCCUCGAGGGAUACAAGGCAGAGUCUUCUCUGAGUUCACCAUCGUUUGACGGUUUAACCGUAUCUGAUGACCCUGACUGGCCGGUAGGAGAUGAUGAUAUCUCCAUCCAGUAUUGGCUGAAUGGUUCGCGAUCGAAACUUCUCGGGGAGAUUGCGGAGAUUACACAGCCAGGCGAAUGGUUCGCCGAGUGGCUGAAAAAGCGCCUUCUAAAAGAGGACACAUUUCUCAGGGCAUGGGGAGCGGGAAGUGUGCCACAGCUUGAGGGAGACGACCUCGCACUCCUUCCACGCCGCGUCGUCGCGUAUGUGUUCCGGGAGCGCAAGUUCGUUAUGCUCGAUAUUGGCGGCCUAAAGAAGAAGGAUCCCGCACCUCAGAACGUCUUCAAAGAUCUGAAGAUCGACCCGGAUCACAAGCACAUGGUCAGGUCACUGGUAGGAACGCAUUUUGCGAAGCAAGAAAUGCAGAAGCAGCGGCAUAAUCUCAGCUUGAAUCAGGACCUCAUUCGAGGGAAGGGCUCGGGGUUGGUCAUUCUCCUACAUGGCGUUCCUGGUGUGGGCAAAACAGCCACAGCUGAGGCUGUUGCUCAAUCCAACAACAAGCCUCUCUUUGUCAUCACAUGCGGUGAUCUUGGCUUUACCCCGAAAGAAGUCGACGCCUCUCUCAAGGAAAUUUUUCGCCUGGCUCAUCUUUGGGAAUGUGUUUUGUUACUUGAUGAGGCUGACGUCUUCUUGUCUCGCCGAGAGGUGAGUGAUUUAGAGCGGAAUGCCCUCGUCUCAGUAUUUCUUCGAGUCCUAGAGUACUACAGUGGCAUUCUCUUCCUCACCACUAAUCGGGUUGGAACGUUAGAUGAAGCUUUCAAAUCCCGCAUCCACGUCAGCCUAUACUACCCACCGCUGGACAAGAGUCAGACCCUGGCAAUCUUCGAUGUCAACAUCCGAAAACUGAAUGAAAUCCAAGAGGCAAAGCAAAAGCUGCAAGAUGAUGGUCAAUCCAGCGCCCUCAGAGAACCGGCGCUGGCAAUCGAUGGUGAGUCCAUCAUGGACUAUGCAAAAUGGCACUACGACACCCAUGAGCAGAACGAGAGAUGGAAUGGUAGGCAGAUCCGAAACGCAUUCCAGAUAGCGUACUCGCUUGCACAUUACGAAAUGGGGAGAAUCUCACAGGACCAAUGGGACGAGGAUGCCGAACCGAUUAUCAAGAAGGCUAGCAACGGUCCCCUGGCAACACAUACACUGAACUAUCGGCAGUUCGUUCUUGUCGCCAAGACCAUUGAAAAAUUUGAUGACUACCUCUACGAUGCCAUCGCCUGUACUGAUAUGGACCAUGCUAGGGACAAUGGCCUUCGAGCAGAUGACCAUGAUCCCAACAUGUACCACAGACCUGACUACCAUACGAUCCGCCACGGCCUCAUCAAUCUAGGCGUGGCUACAGUGGCCAAGGUCUGGCGCAGCGGCCUCGACACCCAGGUGCCCCACGACUAG